CAGACAGCAGGGGGAGGAGGGAGCGCGAGAGAAACAGGAAGAACAUCUUUAAUUUCACUUUCACUUUAGGAGCCAUUACUCUCUAGCAUUUAGCAUAGCGCAGAGCUAAGCAAGGAAACAGACAAAAUAGCUGUUGACUAAUCAAGCUUACAGCUGUAAUGGCCUUCCAGUACCCUGACGCAAGACGCGAUGAGGAGAAGGUGGAUGACUAUCAUGGCGUCAAGAUCUGUGAUCCUUACGUCUGGCUAGAGGACCCAGAUAGUGAGGAGACCAAGGCUUUUGUGGAGGCGCAGAAUCAACUGACGAUGCCUUUUCUGGAGAACUGUGCCGUGCGAACGCAGUUCCACCGGCGCCUCACUGAACUCUACGACUACCCCAAAUACAGCUGCCCCUACAAGAGAGGGAACCGGUACUUCUACUUCCACAACCAGGGCCUGCAGAACCAGGAUGUGCUCUAUGUGCAGGACUCUCUGGACGGUACCGCCACAGUCUUCUUCGACCCAAACACCCUCUCUGAAGACGGAACUGUGGCCCUAAAGAUGGGGCGCCUAUCUGAAGAGUGCGAGUACUUUGCGUACGGCCUGAGCACCAGCGGCUCCGACUGGGUGACGGUGCGCUUCAUCAAGGCGGACGACCUGAGCCCACUGCCCGACGUGCUGGAGAGGGUCAAGUUCAGCUGCCUGGCCUGGACCCAUGAUGCCAAGGGCGUCUUUUACAACUGCUACCCUCCUCAGGACGGAAAGGCAGAUGGCACAGAGACAACAUCGAACCUCAACCAGAAGCUCUACUACCAUGUGAUAGGGACCAAGCAGCCUGAGGAUGUCCUAGUGGCUGAGUUUCCUGACAACCCAAAAUGGCAUAGUGGAGUAACGGUUUCUGAUGACGGACGCUAUGCUCUUCUGUCUAUUACUGAGGGCUGUGAACCAGUCAACCGGCUAUGGUAUUGUGACCUGCAGCAAUUGCCCAAUGGAAUCAAGGGGAUGCUGCCGUGGGUUAAACUGGUGGAUAACUUCGAGGCACAGUACUCGUACGUCACCAACGAGGGCAGCGUCUUCACCUUCCGCACCAACCUGGAGGCGCCGCGCUACCGGCUCAUCAACAUCGACCUGCAGAAGCCAGACCCGGCCCAGUGGAGCACCCUCAUUUCCGAGCACCCCAAAGACGUCCUGGGGUUUGUGGCCUGUGUGAACCAGCGCCAUCUCGUGGUGAACUAUGUGCACGACGUGAAGGAUGUGCUGCAGCUAAGAGAAUUGUCCUCAGGCGAGCUGAUCCGAGACCUACCCCUUGAUGUGGGCACGGUGGCGGGUAUCAGCUGUAAGAAGAAGCACUCCGACUUCUUCUAUAAGUUCACCUCCUUCACCACGCCAGGGAUCAUCUUCCACUGUGACCUGAGCCAGUCUCCCCCGGAGCCGCGGGUCUUCAGACAGGUGGAGGUGAAGGGCAUCCAGCGGGAGGACUACCAGACCACACAGGUGUUCUACCCUAGCAAAGAUGGAACAAAGAUCCCCAUGUUCCUUGUCCAUGCCCGUGGUAUCAAGAAGGAUGGGACAAACCCUGUCUUCCUCUAUGGUUACGGAGGCUUUGAUCACUCCCUUCAGCCAUACUACAACUCGUCAUACCUGUUGUUCGUCAGACACCUGGGCGGCAUUGUGGCUGUGGCCAACAUCCGUGGAGGGGGAGAGUAUGGGCAGACCUGGCACAAAGGUGGCACGCUAGGAAACAAGCAGAACUGCUUCGAUGACUUCCAGUGUGCUGCUGAGUUUCUGAUCCAGGAGGGAUACACCACAUCCAGCCGCAUAGCCAUCAAUGGAGCCUCCAACGGAGGACUGCUCGUAGCGGCAUGUGUGAACCAGCGUCCGGAGCUGUUUGGCUGUGCCGUGGCUGAAGUUGGGGUCAUGGACAUGCUCAAGUUCCACAAGUUCACCAUCGGCCAUGCCUGGACCACUGACUAUGGCUGUGCAGACAAGCCUGAGGAGUUCCAGUGGCUCAUCAAGUACUCUCCUCUCCACAACCUCCCGGCCGCCCCGCGCUCCGACGGCCCUCCGUACCCGGCGGUGCUGCUGCUGACGGCGGACCACGACGACCGCGUGGUGCCCCUGCACACGCUCAAGUACGCGGCGACGCUGCAGCGCGGCGUGGGCCGCAGCCCCGGGCAGCGCCAGCCGCUGAUGGUGCGCGUGGACACCCGCAGCGGCCACGGCGCCGGCAAGCCCACCACCAAGGCCAUCCAGGAGGACGCCGACAUCUACGCCUUCAUCGGCCAGGUGCUGGGCCUCAGCUGGAGGGACUGAGCGGAGAAGGAGAAGGAGGGUGCGUGGGGAGACAAAAGCACAAAAAGCAAUACAAGGCUACUGUAAAUGGGAAGAGAACUGAAAACUGUGGGAUACACCUGAAAAGCACAAUUGAUUCGCUCUCAAUAACCUGCACACACCUCUGACUUAAUCAUCAAAUUCAACUUCAAAAAUAAGCCGUCACUGCCAAAUAAUAAUCAUUUUUAAAAAGUCAUUUUUUUUGUGGACAAUGUAUUAUGUUCUAGGGGAGAAGGAGAAGGGCGUGGGGAGACGAAAGGUGCCUCUCAUUUGGCUUUUAUACGUCCUCCCUCGCUCCUCGGGGGCCUCGGUCCUCACCGUUGUACAGUAUAUAAAGAAUGAUGGGGUGGCCACAAUGGAAGUCUAUCCCUUCUUCUAUCUUUCUUUAUGAAGAUCAGUGAGGAUCGAGGCCCCAGGAGCGAGGGAGGACGUAUAAAUGCUGAAUGAGAGGCACCCAUAAGCACAAAAAAGCAUACAAGGCUAAAUGGGAAGAGAACUGAAAACUGUGGGAUAUACACCUGAAAAGCACAAUUGAUUUGCUCUCAAUAACUUUCACACAUCUCUGACUUAAUCAUCAAAUACAACUUCAAAAUAAGCCGUCACUGCCAAAUAAUAAUGAUUAUUAAAAAGUAUUUUUUUUGUGGAAAAUGUAUUAUGUUCUACACAGCACAGUGUCUGUAAUACUACUUUUCAACACUAGAUGGCAAUAGCAGACAACUUUUAUGCAUUACCAUUAUGCACACGCAAUGACAACCACUGCCAAACCGACAGUACUGAAAAAAUGCUAUUGAUCUGGCCAAAUGUCACACUCCUCCUCUAGACUAAGCCAUGUUUGUAGUCUGAUUAAGAGAGCUAUGCCCCGAGGACUUUAAUUACAAAACCAAUCAAAUGUGUUGGGGGUAGAGGGGUGGCACAGAAUACCAUCAUGAAUGUGAGGAAUGAGAAGAAGAGAGAACCAGAUUACUGUCAGUGUGUGAUGUAUCCAUGCAUUAUUAACCCUUCCCAUAGCUCCGAUCAGUCUUUUUUGGAAAUAACUGAAUGGCAAAAGUAUGUUUGGCAAUUAACAUAAAAAUUGUACAGUGCACAGUACAGGUACAGUGCUUAUAAAGUCACAUUUUUAUAUG